UUACAACUCACGUACGAAGUACAUAACCCUGACACAAACACCCUCAUCGUUGAAGCCAUUACUGUUAUCAAUGAUAGUCCCGUAAGUGCACACACCUAGACUCCCUAACCAUAAUUAAAAAACGUCAUCGUCAUUUUCCCGAAAAUUCACGAAUCGCCCAUGACUUCACUAUAUCCAUUAGUGGACGUCCCUUUAACCUAACUCUCAGACUGAGUGCUGCAAAACGAAAAAUCGAGUGAACUCAAUGAAAAAAAAUCCGUCACCCCAAAAAAGAUAGCUCCAAACGACCAAUUGAAUGUCAAUAAACAAUCAGAAAAAUCAGAUUGAAUAGAAGAUUGAGACUAACCAAAAUUACCUGGAAUAAAUGAACAAUCAGUGAAAGAGUGUGAUUUUCCCACAAUGUCAUUAACUUGUAAAACCUCAAGGUGGUGUUAACAACCGAUAAAAAAAAAUUAUCACUCUGGUGAUGCAAAAUGUACAGUUUCGAGGGUGAUUAUCGUCGCAGACCCCAGCAGAAUUUGGCUGGUGCUAGUCGGAGGGAUGAGAAAGCAGCUCUGCUCCAGCAUGCCCAACUGGAACGUAAUAAACGUGAGCAACAACGUAAACGUCAGAAUGCAGCCCUGAAGAUUCACGCCCAAACCCGGAGUUACCUGGUGCGCCAAUCGGCAAAGAGAAACUGCAGAAUUGAAUUCGACAGGGCCAGGGCCCAGGUUCAGAGUAAACUCCAGGUGAACGAUCUAAUACCGUACAUAAGAACCCUUUUAUUUUUCUACGAUGCCAAGAUUGAUUAUGAGAGGCUCAUCUGGCUUCUGGAGCACAUUCUAUCGAACAAGGAGAAAAUCCUCAACAGAUACAGCAAUACGGACUGGCUCUGGCGACUUCGGUGGAUUCUCAAGUUGUGUUUACAGUUUAUUGUCGAGAUAACCAAUAUCAACAGACAAAUAUCGACAGCCCUGCCCUUGAGAGUUCUCGAGAGUUUCAUAAAUGACACACAAGCCACGAAGAAUAAUAAUGAUACCUGCAGAAAUCACCUGAGGGAUAUUCUUAAGUAUUUGGUACUGAAUUCGUACUUCUGGAAUGUCAAGAAGCUCCUUGAGGAGAGCAUUCCACCAUUGGACGAGUCCACGUCGACACCUCCAACUCCCAGAGUCAAAUGUUACUUUGACCUGAUAAAACAGCCUCUGGUCCUCUCCACAGACACCAAAUACGACAACGAUUUUGCAAUGAUUGUUAUCAAGGAGUUUGUCAAUACUAUUCUCGUCCCCAGGAUGUCGGAUCCUGUGAGAUUAUUCCUGAUACCAUCAUUGUCAGAGCUCUCGAGUUUUCCAUAUGCCGAGUUAAUAUGCUGCAUCAAUAGACUGGAGAUUGUUCCUACCCGGAGUCUUCUGUACGCGGUGUUAUCACUGGAGCCCACGAAUUUUAAUCCCUCGUCGUCUGACACUGUCCUGGUAAAUUAUAUCCAGGUCCUCGCCUCCCUGACAUCCACAACCCUGGGACCACUGCCCUCAGAGACUCCUGCCAAUGAUAUUGUGGAGGACGAUGACAUGAGUAUCUCUGACACUGAGGCGGUUAUGGUGGAUCAGAGUCAGGUGGAGAUAAUGCUCCAGUGUAUAAAAAUGUUAAAUGAGGACGACAGAGUUCACAGGAUUCUCACGUCUCUGGACAAGAGUGAGGAUCAGGCUAUGCUCCAGUCCCUCUGUCAACUCUGUCACAAUCUCCUGAGAACUGACAAGCUCGCGUCUCACAAGUACAAACUCCUGUACAUGCUGGCAUUCAAACCAGAAUUUGUGAGGAGACUCUGGAGUGCGCUGAUUACCACGAAACAGACGUCAAUAUUCGGUGGUGGAUCCACUCCACUCGUUCAGAUAAUGUCCAGGGGUAUAGCACCAACAGCUGAGGACUCAAAAAACAUAGCUUCCUUGAUUGCUGUCUUCUGUUCACUCUUCAGUCUGCUAAUAGCCACGCUCCACGACUCGGAAUUUUUCACAGAGGCCAAGGAGACCUCCAUGGAGGAUGAGGAGCCUGAGAACGAGAGGACAGCAAUGCCCUUCACAACCGGUGAGCUCGUGCCGCUCUCGGAUUAUUUGAAAGGCGUUUGUCUGGGACUCGUGGAGUUGGCCUUCCCCGACUGUCGACCCACUGUCAGGGAUGACUACAAGAGGGCUGUUCUCGGUCCAUCUACAAAACUUCUCCAGGACAAGCAGGACACACAAAUGUGGGUACAUCUGUUCAAGGCGACGUCUGGACUCCUCAGGCAACUCCACACGCGAGAUCUCAGACGACAAUUCUGCCCAGAUGGACACUGGAUCACCUCCAACAUUCCUAUUCCUCUGGAUAAGCCUCAGGAUAUCACCUGGAGGAGGAGAACCAGUCGCACGAGUUACUCGCCAUUUCAGGGCCUCAGGAGCCUUACCCAGGAUCAGGAGGAGAGUGAGCAUGGUCCUCCACUGUCUACCAAGGAGAUUAGAAUGUUGACGCUCCUCCGGGAGGUGCCCUUCAUCGUUCCCUUUAAUGAUCGAGUUAUGGUUCUCCAGUCAUUGAUCUACAGAGAUAAAAUGGAGCACCAGGGUGAGCUCACGCACUUCAUGCAAGGCCCCUCCAUACAAAUAUCCGUCAGGAGGAAUUAUCUGUACGAAGAUGCCCUCGACAAACUCUCCUCUGAGAAUGAACCUGAAUUGAGGCUCAAGAUGAGGGUACAGCUAGUGAAUACUGCUGGGGUCGAGGAAGCUGGAGUCGAUGGUGGAGGUCUCUUCAGGGAAUUUCUCUCUGAAUUGUUGAAAACCAGCUUCGAUCCUAACAGGGGGUUCUUCAGGCUCACAAAGGACAACAUGUUGUAUCCUAAUCCCACUGUUCAUCUUCUCGUUGAUGAUUUCCCCAAGCACUAUUACUUCAUCGGGAGGAUGAUGGGAAAGGCUAUCUAUGAAAAUUUACUCGUGGAGCUGCCUUUUGCUGAAUUUUUCCUGUCGAAAAUUGUGGGUCGACAGUCGGAUGUUGAUGUUCAUCAUUUGGCCUCGCUAGAUCCUGUCAUGUACAGAAAUCUUUUGUACUUGAAGAGUUAUAAGGGAGAUGUUUCGGACUUGGGGCUUGACUUCACUGUACUCUCUGAUGAACUCGGGGAGAGAAGAAUCGAUGAACUGAAGCCCAAGGGUUCACAAAUACCUGUGACCAAUGACAACAGGAUCGAGUAUAUUCAUCUCAUGGCGGAUUAUAAGCUUAAUAAAGAAAUCAGGCCUCAGUGCUUUGCUUUCAAACAGGGAAUUGCUAAUGUUAUACCCUUGGAGUGGCUGCAGAUGUUUAAUAAUAAGGAGAUGCAGGUACUCAUCUCGGGGGCACAAAUACCUGUCGAUGUUGAUGAUUUGAAAAUGCAUACGAAUUAUACCGGGGGCUAUGCGCCUGAUCACCCGACCAUUACUGCUUUCUGGAGGGUCGUCGAAGGAUUCACUAACAAGCAGAAGGGACAGCUCCUCAAGUUUGUUACCAGCUGUAGUCGACCUCCUCUUCUGGGGUUUAAGGAAUUGGAUCCACCGUUCUGCAUACAACAUGCAGGUACCAUCGAUCGACUCCCAACAUCGAGUACCUGCAUGAAUCUUUUGAAACUGCCAGAAUUCCUAGACGAAUCCACACUGCGUGAAAAAUUACUGUACGCCAUCCAAGCUGGUGCUGGAUUUGAACUCAGCUAAUUGGGCCCAUCGAACAAGAAGCAAAAUGCUUUUUAUUUUGUCUUCGUCUGCUGUUUUUGCUGUCGUUGUUCUGACAGGAAUAAUUAAAGACUGUGCCAUUAAAAUAUCUACAAUUCUCGGGGACUUUGUGGAGAUGAUAUUGAAUAUAUUCAAUAGAUCGAAAUGGGACGAAAUUGUUUAACGUAGGGAAUCAUGUAUCUGAGAAGAAUUUAUUUAAUUUCAAUGGGGAGUGGGAGUGGGCGCCUCGUAGAUGAUAUUUUUAGGUAAUUGUAAAUUAUGUAGAUCAACUAGUAUGUUUAAUUUCCAACGCUGGUACAUCGAUUUAUUCAUGAGAAUAAUUUAACGAGUAUUCAGAGGAAAUGAACGUGUGAGGGCUAGAGUUGUGUAUAGAGGAUAAUUGAAUUUUUGCGCUGCACUGUGUGGUGUAUAUGUGAAAUCAAGUAAUUCUUCUACGGUGUCAUAGUGAAAUAAAUGUCAGAUAUUGAUGUAA